CCGUAUUUGAAGUUUAGCCACAGUGCUAACAGUCUGUUACUCAGCACUGUUCCUUCCUCUUGUGUUUAUCUAUCUAUCUAUUUAUUUAUUUAUUUAUUUUCAUAUAAGAUAAGAAGACACUGGUCGGACAUCGUAUGUUCAAAAUGAGUCCUGAAUUAAACCCGGUAUUUAGACGUUAAAGUUGGUGAUUCUCAGGAAACGCAAUAAAGAGAACCAGUCAGAAAGCAUAAAGGUCUGUAUGGGUGUGAAUUGGUUUAGACGAGGGGUUUAGGGCAUUUAUGAGGACCUGAAUGCUGAUUAGCCGGCUGAGGACUGAAUCGAAUGGGCUCGAUGAUGGGUCCUCUUCUGGUCUGGCUCCAGGACGUGGCAGCUGUGACACUGCUGAGGGCUCGGCGUACACUGCUGCAGGCCGCCAUCCUCUUCUGCGUGCUGCUGCUGCUCCUUUGGGUGUCGAUCUUUUUGUAUGGCAGCUUCUACUACUCGUACAUGCCUACUGUCAGCUUCUCUACGCCUGUGAACUUCCAGUACAGAAGUGACUGUGAAUCUGCCGACUCUAUACUCUGUUCCUUCCCUAUGGCUAACGUCUCACUACUAAAAAAUGGCAAAGAGCAGGUGUUGAUGUAUGGUCAGCCUUAUCAAGUCUCCCUCGAACUGGAGAUGCCAGAAUCACCUGUUAAUGAGCAGCUGGGCAUGUUCAUGAUCAAAAUGUCCUGCUACACCAGAGAUGGAAAAAUCGUGUCCAGCGUGGCUCGCUCUGCCAUGCUGCAUUAUCGCUCCAGUCUCCUGCAGACCCUCAGCACCUUGGUGUUCUCCCCAGUGCUGCUCACAGGUCUGUCAGAGCAAAAGCAGCUUAUAGAAGUAGAGCUCUACUCGGACUACAGAUCGGACUCUUAUCAGCCCACUAUUGGGGCUGUGUUAGAGAUUCAGGCUCGCCGCGUGCAGAUCUACUCUUCCCAGCUUAGGAUCCAUGCCUACUUCACUGGGAUUAAAUACCUCCUGUAUAAUUUCCCUUUAACAUCAGCUGUCAUAGGAGUCGGCAGUAACUUCACAUUCCUCAGUGUGAUUUUGCUGUUUAGUUAUCUGCAGUUCAUUUGGGGAGGUUUGUGGCCCCCAGAGCAGGUUAGAGUCCAGGUAAUGAUGGGAGACACAACACGUCUGCAAAUGAGAAGAGAGGAAGCUCUGAGACGAAUGCGCACAACGGCAAGUGCACCAAACCUGAAGUAUGAGAAGGAACAAGAAGCGCCUGCAGACCGACCAGCGGAGAGCAAGCAAACUGAAGGUGAUCUUGAUACGCUUGGAGCCAUUAGUUCAGUCGGCGAAUCUUCACAGAAUGAAGAGAACGAUCUUAAUGUUACACGUGUACCAGAGAUCAGCGUCAGUGACGACUCUGAGCUCGAUGAGAGAGCCACACAGGACACCAGUUUAAGGCAAAGACACGGGCCCUGGAUGCGUCUGUGAGUUCGACAGUCAACAUUCUUGGACAUUUUCUCUUUGAGUUACAUCAUUGGUGUGUGUGUGUGUGUGUGUGUGUGCACACAGACAAGCCAGAUCCCACCAUGUGUCACUUGGUGUUGUUUAUCUCACUGAGCUUUAACGUUCCUCUCAGCUCUACAGCUGUGUCUGAAGCUUGCUCUGUUUUCACAGAAUGAAAUAGUAACGCACAAAAACACACUCAGAUGUAUACUGUAUAUUUACAAACAACACUUUUUGCGCUGCAUAAAGUACACUCCGAUGCUACCACGUUUAUUUAUUACACCUCUAAUAAAGGUGAACAACUGCAGAUUCCAACCACAGCUUGGUUUUAAAUCCUGAACAAAAUUCCUUACUGCUAUGAGGUCAAAAUUAAAUAUUCAUCAGUUACAUUAUGCUGUUUAUGGCGUCGAUUUUGUUGUGUUACAAUUACAGUCAGUCACAGGUCACAGAUGUUGCUAGAAACAGACACUGAGUUUGAAGACCAAACCCAUGUGUCUGCAUCGAGUGGUAGACGUUCGUUCGUUUAAAGAUUGUCGGAAUAAAAUAAGGGAUUAUACUUUAAUCCAGCAUACAGAUUUGUCUACACAGAAAUAAAUAAAAUAAAUGUUUAAAUUAGAUGCAUCCCAAAUCACAUACUUAUUCACUAUUCUGUGCCAUUGUGUAGUAGAAGUGCUUGUGUGAGGAUUGUCUGAAAAUUCUAACAAGAUGUGCACUUCAUGUACCUCUAUGAUGCACUUAUUCUCUCUCACACACA